CUCUUUCCGCGUUCCUCGCGGCGGGCGACGGAUUGAGCCGUGCAGUCGGCUCCGGGGUUCGCGGCCAACCGCUCCUCCGCGGGCCCCGCCGCUGCCGCCGCCGCCCGCUCCCUGGUGAGGAGAAGAUGGUGGGCCGGAACAGCGCCAUCGCCGCCGGCGUGUGCGGGGCCCUCUUCAUCGGCUACUGCAUUUACUUCGACCGCAAGAGACGGAGUGACCCCAACUUCAAGAACAGGCUGCGAGAACGAAGAAAGAAACAGAAGCUUGCCAAAGAGAGAGCUGGACUUUCCAAGUUACCUGACCUUAAAGAUGCGGAAGCUGUUCAGAAAUUCUUCCUCGAAGAAAUACAGCUUGGUGAAGAGUUACUGGCUCAAGGCGAGUAUGAGAAGGGUGUGGACCACCUGACGAACGCGAUCGCCGUGUGCGGCCAGCCGCAGCAGUUACUGCAGGUGCUCCAGCAGACGCUCCCCCCGCCGGUGUUCCAGAUGCUUCUGACUAAGCUGCCCACGAUCAGUCAGAGAAUUGUAAAUGCUCAGAGCUUGACUGAAGAUGAUGUGGAAUGAGAAGCAAACGUCAAUGUAAUAAGCUCAAUUAAAAAUAUUUUUUAAAUCCUAACUGGGAAGAUGCGCAGCUCUGGGGGGAGAGGGCAGGUGUGCUUGCGUGGACCGUCCUGCACUGAGAUCUACCACAGUUCGUCUUCACUCUGUGUAGAUCCAUUGGUCUGUUUUAUUUAUUUUUCCCAGUGAAAAGUGUAUUUUGAUAGAAAGCUUUUCAUUUUAUAAAUACACUAUGAGUUACUGAAAUAUGGACACUGUUUACUCCUAAGAUGUGCAGUUAGAAUGUACAUAUAACAUCAUGUAACUGACAUUAGAAACACCCAGUGCUCAGCUUUGAAAGAUUGGCCAAAAAAAGUGUAGAAGAAAACUGAAGAAUGCACAUUUUUUUAAAAGGCUCUUACAUUUUGCUAUAGAAAAUUGGAUGGAAACUUGAUUGUAUAUCUCAAAACUGAGCAUUAAAAUCUUGGAGAGAGUCUUCCUUUCCAGUUAAUCUCUUAGAUCUGUGUGAUGUGCUGCGCUAACACCUUCCGCCCGCCGUGCAUAUUAGACUUGUGAUGCUUCGUUCAAACCGGUGGGCUUCCUGUGUUCUGGAUAGUUCUCUCUUCGUAUUUUAGGAAUAAGUAGUUGCAGGUGGCACCAGGAUCUAGAUCUCUGCACACCCUGGUCCAGCCGAGUGAGCUUCUCCAGUUAACGUCUGCCCGCUCGCCUCUUUCAUAACACGAGGGGCCUGGUUACCAGUUCAGAGGCGCCCCUUCCAGCUGCUGGUUUCUUUGGUUCUGUCCAGUACCUUCACAUCCCCCUUUUCUGAGGGAUGUGUCUGGGCAACCAGCCCUUGCUUUUUUUUUUAUACUCUGAAUUUUGCAUGCUUGCCUGACUUAGUAUUUCUGAAUUGAUUUUUUUUUUAAGUUAUAACUUGUGUUGAUUUUUUACUGAAAUCAUGGUUCUGUCACUACUUCUGUAAACUAAUCUGAAAAUUAACCUUCAAGGUAACUGGGAUGAUACGCUUGUAACAGUGUGUGUUCCCCUUUGCUUCUGCCUUCAGUGUCCUUCCUUAGUCCCCUUCCAGCCUGGUUCAUUGAUCUUGUUAGGAUGAGAACGAGGUGUCACCUUGUGGCUGAAGACUUGCAGAGAAUGAAGGUAACGGGAGCUUUUAUCCUCAAGAUAGAGACGUAUUACCUGCAGCCACAGCCAACAUCAGAGCUGAGAAUAAAGACCUGGGUCCUUGGUGGCGUCUGUUGAACUAAGCAGUAUUUCUCACUGUACAGGUUGCCUUUAUUCUGUGUAAGUCUAUGGAGAGACCUCAUACUUUUUCUAUGUAGACCUCAUUCUUUUUCUUUUGUUUUACCUAAAAACUUUCCUUAAGUUUAACCUCGGGUUUUUGUGGUGGUUGCGAUACUGCAGAAGUAGUUGCCUGCCUCUGGAUUGCUGCGCAGCCUUGGGGAAAUCCACACACACCUAUGAACCUGACCUCCGGUGUUCCCAUCUGUAAAAUUAGAAUGGCAGACUAGGUCACUCACAUUUAAGGACUCUUCCUCAGGAACCUUCCAGGUUCAUGAUUCCUGAACCCUUAAACAUUGUGCUUUUUUUUUUUUUUUUUAGUGACACUUUGCAUGCUUGUGGGUGGGUGAGGUGGGGUGACCAGUACAAACGGGCUGGUUAGUCCGUUGUCCUAAUCGGAUCCCAAAUCCAAAAUAGUAUAGUGGUGACGGGUCAGUGAUGGAUCGUGAAGCUCGGAAACGUCUUCUGUCCUGCACGUGCCCAGACAGCGCGGACCAGGCAGUCGGGAGGGAAGGUGCACCUGGUGGGAGUCAGAGGGGAUGCAGUGGGGAGGGAGCGAGGGCAAGAGAGGAUGGACUUGGGGUGGGGAAGGAAGGGCAGGGCGCCAGCGGGGGUGAGGGCUCAGCCUAGACCUGAGGAGGGUGACGACGAGGCGCCGGGAAUGCUGUGGUGCAGCCCAGGCUGGGCAUCCUUUGGUUUCUGAGAAAUAAUCAGCUUUGAUCUAAUGCUUACUGAGAAGGCAGUGACAUCCUUACUGUAGAGCUGAUAUGUCAAGUACAUCGGAUUUAAAUGACAGCUUUGGUGCUUUAAAAUUAGCUCCCACUUUUGAAAGCUGGCUCUCCACAGGUCCUCUCUGCCCUGGACCCAUACUUGGGGAACAGUGUUUCCUAGCUGGUCUCCCACGGCAAUGGGACCGGGCGGGAGUGAUGCUGGCCGGGUGGUGCCCCCCAGGAGGUGCACAGGGUGACAAUAGCUGGGACGUCCCGUGUGCUGGCGCUGCCCACUUGUCUGAAACCUUUGGAAAUGGAAAUGUGAGUGCACACUGGCCUGCGUCCUCUGCCAGAGACCUCUUGUUUGCUUCCAGUUUGCACUUAGAGCGACAGCAUAGAAAACGGGCUGACCUGACAGCGUCAGUGCUGUUGCAGUAACAGGUGGGGAGAGCUCGGGUUCCCACCUACCUUACGGCGUGCACGGCCUGUGCGGCGUGCACCGUGGGCAGUCAGCGGACGUCGGAGUCCUCGUCCCCCUCAGUGAGUUUGGUAUUUAUAUCAUUUUGUCUGCCUUUCUGACCUUUUCAGCCUAUGGACCAGAGUGUUUAAUGAAAUGUCAUUGCAGAAGAGAUCUUUGAGAAAGUUGGUAUAUCAUGCAGAUACACAGAAUUUUCGUUUCUUGUAACAUAAAAAAUGCAGUUUUAUUGCUUGUGCCUCAGCUGUUUAAGUGAUAUUAAAGGGCUUGGAGAAAA